GUGUUAGUAAGCGACAACACUUUAUUUUUCUGUGUAUCUGAUUAUAAAGUGUCGAAAAAAUCAAAUUUUAACGAACCAAGACUUCAGUAGAAAAUAAAUUCUGAAAUAUGUUUCGCCUUUUUACGGUUGUGACGGUGCUCUUUAUGACGACUGAUGCACGAUUAGACAGCAUUUCAUUGAACAAUACGGAUUCCAUUCGAGAAUUUUCGAAAAAAGUUGGCACCAACUUGCAAAAAGUUUUUUCUUUAAAUGAUAAUCUCCCUUCAGAAAAAUUGAUCAAUUUCAAAAACGUAGCUUAUUAUGGCUCCAUUAAAAUUGGAACUCCACCGCAAGAAUUUAAAGUUGUAUUUGAUACUGGUUCCGCACCUCUUUGGAUUUUGUCCAAAAAGUGCACAAUACCUGCUUGUUCAGAACGUAAUAAAUAUGAUAGUGCAACAUCCCGGACAUACAAUAAUGUAACAAAUAAUUGUUAUGAUAUUUCCGUCUGUAUAUCAUACGACUGUAUCGAGGUAGAUGGAUAUCUAGCUAUUGAUACAGUGAAUGUUGCCAACCUCAAUGUAAAGAAUCAAACAUUUAUAGAAGUGGUAAACGUAUCAAAUGUAAAUAUGAUUGCUGAACAUACAUUUGAUGGUGUCUUGGGCCUGAGUUAUUCCAACCUAUCUAUCGAUGAAAUAACGCCUGUCUUCGACAAUAUAAUUAAACAAGGUCUAGUUUCAUCACGUAUUUUCAGUUUUUAUCUAAAUAGAGACACUUUAGCCGAUUUAGGUGGUCAAUUCACAUUGGGUGGUUCCGAUCCUACCUAUUACGAAGGGGAUUUCACAUACAUUCCUGUUACUCAUAAAAGACACUGGCAAUUUACCAUUGAUAAUAUCCAAGUGAAACACAUUACUCUAUGCAAGGAAAGCUGCCAAGCUAUUGUUGAUACAGGUUGUUGGCAAAUAGUUGGACCAAAAAUGGAUAUACAAUUUAUCUAUCUACUUAUUGAAACUGAUUCACUGGGAAGAGUGAACUGCAAGAAAAUUCUUCAAUUGCCUACAAUCAGGUUUAAUUUGGGUGGUAAGGCGUUCGAUCUUACCGGUAAAGAUUACAUUAUUCGGGAUCCAGCCGAUGAAAAGAAAUGUAUAAACGUCUUUUCGGGACACCAAAUUGAAAAUACAACUGAAAUAAAAUGGAUUCUAGGCAUGCCAUUUAUUGGCCGUUUCUACACCGAGUUUGAUAUGGAGAGAGAUCGAGUGGGAUUUGCUUUGGCGAAAAAUUCAUCGAAAUAUAUGGAAAAUCUUUCAUUAUCACCUUUUAUUGUAUACCUUAUCAUCAAAUUUUUAAAUUAUUAGUUUAGUUUCUGAUAGGAAAAAAACUGAAUCUUUUUUAAUCGCCAACCGACAAAGUUUGCAAAUGAAUUUUUGCGUAAUAUGUAUAUAUUUGUAUAUAAUUGUGUCUUAAUUUUCAACAGCAAUACUUUAUCGUGAAAGCAGCUGAUAUGAGCUUAUUGUUAAUUAGAAUGCGAAUUUUUGCGAGUAGUGUCAUUUACUAAGUUCAUUAUUGCAUGGUCGUCUAGUCGAAAUAUAAUUAGUCUAUUCUUUCGAAACAAUAAUGUUUCCUUUAUUAUGAUUCUUAAUCACGCGCACAUUAAAAUUAUAAUUUAUUUUAAUGCAAUUUGUUUUAAUUAUAAAAGAAAAUAAUAAAUAAAAUAUUUUUAAAUUUAAUUGAUCGAUAGGGCGGAUCGAUAACACGGAUAUGUUUUGAAUUCGCGCGAUUGUAUAUAUAACAGCCGCUAAAUGUCAAUAAACGAGAGCUCUAAGAAUCGAAUUCAAUUUAUUUUUUAUGUCUUUUUGUCCAGUAACAACGAAAGAUAGAAAGAAACUUGCUAGAAAGAUAGAAAGAAAUUUGCCAGAAAUUUCAAACACAUAUUACGCUUUCUCGUGGUGAUUGUGAUGUUGAUCGACGCGGAAAUCCAAAAC